AUGCCACCUAGACGAGGCGUAGCUGUUGGUGAUGGCCAAGACAUCUCAGCGAUGGAUCGCAUGGCCCCGGCAAUGGAACAAAUGGCUGAGUUCAUGAUGGCUCAGCAAGCCCAGAACCAAAAUCAAGGGCAACCGCAAGUUGACUUUGCUAAAGCUGUAGCAAGUAGACAGCCACCGUAUUAUGCGGGAGAAAAAGAUCCAGUAAUCUUGGAAGAGUGGAUCCGAACUUUUGAUAAACUGCUUAACGCAGUCAAUUGUCCUGCGAAUCAGCGAGUAUCCUCUAUAGUUUAUUACCUGACGAAAGCCGCAGACAAUUGGUGGGCAACAGUUGGACCCGAUCUUCUACAAGACCCCGACUUUGGCUGGGAAGAAUUCAAAGAAGAAUUAAGAGGACAAUUCUACAAGGAACGAAUCAAAGGAAUCAAGUGCGAGGAAUUCCUACGAUUGAAGCAAAAAGGAGCGACCGUCCAAGACUACUAUGACCAGUACGUGGAGCUGAUGAGGUUUGCUCAAGACAUUGUGCCUGACGAGGCAAGUAAGGCAAGGAGAUUCGUUCGUGGACUGGACUGGGACGUGAGAAGGGCAAUUGCACCAUUCAUGUGCUCUACUCUUAAGGAAGCGUACGAUAGGGCAUCAGAUCAUUAUCAAGUGUAUUUAGACCAACAAGAAGUCUACAGCAGAAACAAAAGAAAAGCUGAUGAUAAGCAGGGGAAAUUCAGGUCGAAAAAUAAGAAAUCUAACCAGGGUGAAUCUAACCCAAAGCAAGGAGAGAAAAGGGGAGGAACAAAUCAGGAGAAACGUUUUGUUUGCCGGAGAUGUGGGAGGGACCAUUCCGAGGAAAAUUGUCAAGGCAUAAAGAUUAAGUGCUUCAAGUGUGGUCUCACAGGACAUAAGUACUAUGAGUGCCAAACCAGGGUAGAAAAUUUCCGGGACCACUCGCAGAAUACAAGUCAAGGAGGAGGAUUUAUUGGAAGCUACGUGGGAGUUGGAGGACGUUAUGAUGGAACGUUAUCCUGA